CUUAUUUUGUAAAAUCAAUUUAUUUAUAAUGCAACACUGGCCCACAGAUAUUAACUAGCAACAUCUUUACUUUUCUUUCAUCGGUCUUUGAUUGUCAAAUUCCGACAAAAUGACGAAAGGUACAUCAAGCUUCGGUAAACGCCGAAAUAAGACACAUACACUGUGCAGAAGAUGUGGAAGAUCUUCAUAUCAUAUCCAAAAAUCGAAAUGUGCUCAAUGUGGUUAUCCUGCAGCUAAAUUGAGAUCUUACCACUGGUCAGUAAAGGCUAAACGCAGGAAGACUACAGGAACAGGCCGCAUGCGUCAUCUUAAAAUUGUUAGAAGGCGUUUCCGCAACGGUUUCAAGGAAGGAAAACCUACACCUAAGAAAGCUGUUGCAUCUUCGUAGACUUAUUGCUUAAUGUCAAUAAAAAAAUAUUAAAACAGUC